UGAGAGUGGCUUAAACGUGCGUGAAGAGCGAAACAGCCGUGUUUAGAUCGGUUUGUUUUAGCGUCGGAACCGGUGCGGUGAGCUGCGCGUGAGCUCCGGUGCGGUGACACCGCAGACUGCGCCUUCAGACCACGGCGGCUCGCGCUAUGUGGAAACAGGUGAGCUCGCUGCUGUGGAGGGCACCGGUCCCCGGACUUUCACCGGCAGUCACGGUCCGAUCCAAGUCCCACGGACCCAGCUGCAGUGUGUCCGGGAGGGAGUGGGUGAGGCCUAGCGGCUUUGAUACGGGCUUGAAGACUUUUAACAGCCUGAGCAAACAGAAGGAGCCCCUGAUCCUGACAAGAGAGGGGGUCGCGACCUGGUACAGCUGUGGACCCACCGUGUACGAUCACGCUCACCUGGGUCAUGCAAGCUCAUAUGUGAGGUUUGACAUCCUGCAGAGGAUCCUCAGCAGACUGUUUGGAAUCACCGUGAUCCAUGCCGUGGUCAUCACUGACAUCGAUGACAAAAUCAUCAGAAGAAGCUGGGAGGAAAAUGUUUCCCCCGCCGCCAUCAGCGCAGUGUACGAGGACGAGUUCAAGAGGGACAUGCUGUCACUGAAGGUGGUUCCUCCUGCAGUGUAUUUAAGGGUCACAGAGAAUGUGCAUCAUAUCGUUGCCUUUAUUGAGAAGAUCAUCAAAAAUGGACACGCUUAUGCCACAAAAGAAGGCGAUGUGUAUUUUGACAUUCAGUCCAUUGGUGGCAGGUACGGCAGGUUUGUGGGAGCUGUGGAUCCUCAGGGAGAGCCCGGCUCCUCAAACAAACGGGACCCGAGGGACUUUGCUCUGUGGAAACCAUCUAAACCUCAAGAACCGUACUGGGAGUCCCCGUGGGGCAGAGGAAGACCGGGCUGGCAUAUUGAAUGUUCUACCAUUGCUAGCUCCAUGUUUGGGAGACAGUUGGAUAUCCACUCUGGAGGGAUUGACCUGGCUUUUCCUCACCACGAGAAUGAGAUCGCUCAGAGUGAGGCGUAUCACCAGUGUGGACAAUGGGCAAACUACUUCCUGCACUCAGGGCACCUACACCUAAAGGGAAGCCCAGAGAAAAUGUCUAAAUCUUUAAAGAACUACAUCAGCAUCAAGGAUUUUCUGCAGUCUUAUUCUGCCAAUGAAUUCCGGAUGUUUUGUCUUUUGAGCAAAUACAGAUCAGCUAUCGACUACAGUGACAGCAGCAUGCUGGAGGCUCGCAGCACUCUGGACACCAUCUCCACCUUCUGCCACGAUGCUCAGGCCUACAUGAAGGGUCAGCUGCAGUGUUCACACGUGCAGGAGGAUUUCCUCUGGAGCAGGCUGGCUGAGACUAAAUCCACUGUGAUGAACACUCUAGCAGAUGACUUUGAUACACCAAGAGCCAUUAGUGCUCUGAUGAAUCUGGUUUAUCACGGAAACUGCCAACUUCAGCCUGUUUCUACGCCUGCUGGAGCGGCCCGCAGCCCUGCCGUGUUUGGAGCGAUGGUCACCUACCUCAGGGAUGUCUUGGACGUGUUUGGCAUCGACCUGCACACUAAGGAGGCUGACGUGCUGAGCAGCCGUGGCAGUCUGCAGCCUGUUGUGGAACAGCUGACUCAGUUCAGGAGCAAAGUUCGAGAAUUUGCGCUUGCUCGACAGGACGGUUCAUCCACAGGAUCCCCAAGCAGACCUGGACUGUACCCCGACAGAAUCCCUCUGCUUAAAGCCUGCGAUGCCCUCAGAGAUGACCUGGCACCCCUGGGUGUGCUGAUAAAGGAUAGAGGAGCCACCUCCACGUGGGAGAUCAAAAUGAGUGCGAGGGGACAGGGACCGGAGGACAAAGGCGAGGAGACGUCCAGCUAAAGAAGUUGGCUGUACCUGCACUAUCAUCAAGGUUUGAUACCCAUGACCUUAUUCACCCUACAAGGCAGAUCCUCACCAUCCUACUGCACUAGGAGCUGCAGAGGCCUGGCAGCGUACUCCACCACUAUUACUGUAUUUGGCAUUGAUACAUUAAAGUUUUGCUAAUAGUUAAAAGUACUGCAUUGGUCCUUAAACUGAGAAGUCUCUUUAUGGAUUCAUCUCUGAGUACAAGGUCUGAGAAUAAUAAUGUCAUGUCUAUAUGCAAACAUCUGAACUUGCAAUCAAAGCUGACACAAAUGUGUGGAACAAACUGAAUGCACCCACCAUAAAUAUACCUAAGUGUGUGGUGUUACUUUGAGCUUCUGAGUUUCUUCACGACUCCAGUAAAGAAGAAACGAGCAAAUGCAAAAAUACACAGGCCACUGAUAAAACGAUCCACUCAGGAUUUGUUUAUUCCAGUUUGGCUGAAAUCCUCAUCCUGGGAGGUAAAGUGUAACCUACGUGAAGCCUGACGUCUGCUGCGAUUAAGAGUACUGAGCCACACAGGAUGGCGGUGAAGAGUCCAGCUGUGUGUCAACAGCCACUCAAGGAUGUGUCCACAGUCAGAGGUCAGUGUGUCAGGCAGCA